GUAUAAUAGGCGGCAAUAUCCGCCCGAAACACGUGACUUUGAACGGGAUGUGCGUGCGCUCUGAAAUCUUGGUCCAUAUACCUAUCUUGAGCACUCCACUGCGGCAGAGCGAUUGCAACGAGCUCAAGCAUAAGCACCAUCCGGGCCACGAGCUGCUAUAGCCCUUCGGAAGCUCCUUCAAGAAGUCAACCCAACUCUGCUGGUCUUGGGAGUUAUCGUUUCGCCUACCUUAGCUCGGCGGCCCGACAAAAUCUUUCUACCAUGGCAAGUGGUCAAGGCAAAGACAGGCCAGAGAUCCAGGCAGCGGCCAAGUCGAUACUUCAGGACAUGAUGGACGACCUGAUCUUGACCGUGGCUAUCUCGGCACAUCGAGAGAUCAAACGGAGCAAAGUGCCUUGUGGGGUGUGUCACACGCACUGUCGCGGGCACUCGGCACUAUCUUCCGCUCAUUUUGGCUCGUCAUCCUCUGCCGGUCCCUCAACGUCUCGAGCUCCUGGAGGAGCUUAUGCCGUCGGACCGGAGAAAGGUACAGGCGGAAACACUGGCAUAGGGAGUGGGAGCGGGAAACCAGAUGGGAAUGGGAAUGUCUUUUUCGACUGUCUAGUCUGUGGGCGAGGGAUCGCCUCGAGCCGGUAUGCGCCUCACUUGUCAUCCUGUCUCGGGAUGAAUGGAGGCACUCGACGCAAAGCGGCUCGAGCAGCUAUCAACAAGAAUCGCCUCGGUGCGAACGAUCGUUCGAGCCCUUCACCUUAUUAUCAAGCUAGCGAUAAUGGUGAUUCUGAUACGGAAAGUACAGCGACGGCAUCAAAGAAAAGCAAGAAAAUCAACGGAAAUGGGAAGCGAGCUCGAUCUCCGGGAUCUGUUCCUAGGUCCAAAGCCUCUUCCGGUAUCUCGACACCAAAUACCGUUCCUCCACGUACAGCCCUACCGCCCUCCAAACUUGGUCGACCACCUACGUCACGAGAAACGUUAGAUCUGACCUCACCCGAUCGACAGCCCAUAGGUCCAGGCAGACCCGGUGCCAAGACUCUACCAGGUGCAUCCGCGGACAUGCCCGUGGUCAUAGACGGUAUGGACGUCGAUAAGGGGGACGAUACAAGCGACGACGCUGAUGAUUAUUGAUGACAAUCCCGGCACUCAGUAUUAGCACAUACCACACGAUUGAUCAUGAUGUAACAUGUACUGGAUGCGAGUCGACCAAAU